GCUCACGAGGUGUCGAUUGUCGAUUGCUCAAUUCGAGAGAAUAACAACACCUCGGCAUGAUAUAGAUAUGUGUAUGUCAAGUUCUGAUUUGAUAGUCUUUUACACGGAAGUGGAUAUACAGAAAAACGAUUUUUUUGCAAAACAUCGCGAUUCGAAUACGUACAUUGUGUUUCGCAUAUAACUAGGAAAGUAGCAUUGAAAACCAGUCUUCGUGCGAAGAUGGACGUGUACAACCGGGAGCGACGCCAAGCUUAUCGCCGUUGGCAGAUCCAUCGCCAGCCGGCCAACCAUGGAUUAUCCGCGUGGUUUAACACGAUGGACCGCAAGAUGCGGCUUGUGAGUAUUUUCGGCAAGGACAUGGGGAUCGCGGCUGGACUGCUCUGCGAACACAUCAAGUAUUUGCGGAAAGGCACGCUGGCGGAGAAAAACGAGCAGAAGUAUGCCUUGCACCAAAAGAAUCACACAAAGAAGAAUCGCGUGAGGAAUAUUUGCAGAGGAAUUUGAAGUCUCGAUUACGGAAGCGUAUGUUUCCGGAGACAGAGAAAAAAAUAUUGUCACACGAGACAGAUCCGUUGGAUCUCUUUCUUUUCGCGAAAGAUAUACAACACAAGUGUGAUAGUUUUGCACAGGAUACGAACAAAGUCAUGACAUUCCGAGAAACGUGGACCAACCCGUACUUGAUGUCGCUGAUGCAUCCGAGGAAUCGCAUCUCCCUCCGGAGAUUGCUCUGGGACUUCAUCGAGGCCACCGAGCGUUACAAGGACCAGCACACGAACGCCUGCGAACUGGUACUUACUGCCAUGUGUGUACUUCUUCUUUAUCGAUAAGAGUAUGACGAGAUGGGUCUGAUUAUUAUGAUGUUGCUGUUCGGUUGUACCACGUCCACGUGCAUUGCCUAAACAUAUGUUGUGUGGAAAAAUAUACGGACAUGAAACACACCCAUCAGUUUGCGACGGAGCUUCCGGCUGCAUUUCUGAAGUACCUGGAAUUUGCGUUGACUUGUGAUACGAACAACAUCGUAAUCCCCGAGUGGUCGUACAAUAGCGUCAGUGCCUGGAUUGCGAUUCGGACUCCCUUCCUCGACGCCGACUUGAAUCUUAGGUCGGCGUUCAAAGGUCUCUUCAUUCACUACGAAGAUGCUUUUCUGCAAACCAAUCCGUGGCAUCGGGGGCGCAAGUUCCCUUUGAUCGCCUUGUCGGAUCGCAAUGCCGAGCGAACGCGGCGCAUCAAGGAAGUCACGGUAUGACAAAGCAUUUUUCAAAAUGUGAGUAGUUGUGACCCCCAGUCGUCGUCCUCUUUACUAAUGCUGGUGAUCAUGACAAAUGGAAAAUCAAAAUGGUAGUAUACCAACAUUAUUAGUUGUGUCUUUGAAAACAAAGUUUACAUGACGAAAAACACAGGACGCCACUUCAGCUUCCCGCAAGAAGUAUACGACCUGCUGCAAGAAGCUGGUGAGCAGCGGCAAGAUCUGCGACACUUUACCCGGCGUGCCCAAAACGGGAACAAUGUAUGUCUGGGCUAAAAAUACUAAGUUUUCCAAUAAGCUCGGCAUUUUUUUGGACUUGCCAAUCGAAAUCUGGCGCUUUCAUAUUAUUGGCUACUUGUAAUCUAUUGCUCCGAGUUUCGUUACUUAGGUUACGGUUACGCUCGCGUUUACUUCUGGAGGACCAGUUUUGUUUGCACCACUUUUCAUCAAAAAUAAAAAGGCCCGGUAUCGGAAGCUUCGAGAACAGCUUAUUUAAUACGGACUAGCACUAGUCCAAAAAAGGAAGCUGCCGCCCAUGAGCGAUUCGUCACUAGCACUACCGUCCUGACGGUCAGAGCAACUUCUAGUUUCGCAACACAAUCAACCACCAAAUUAAAAACGUAGCAAUCAGAGUUUCACGAUCAUCAAUUACAAUUUGUAAAAGAGUUUAUUGAACAAGAUGGAAAAAAGCUUGAAAAAUAUAACGUAAGUUUUGUUUAAUUUCUCGUAGAAUCGCUAUCGCAAACGCAAAAUCAUGAUCUCGGAUCCUCAUUGCAUUUUUGUAUUUGGGACGAGGACCAUUCAAUCAACCGUGCCUUUUAUCGUAUUCAAUGAAAAUUAAAUCGAAAUUAAAACGUAGCAAAGAAAAUUGAGGCCAUCUUGUUUCCGCGUCUAAACCUGAUCAAGUAAGAGUUGAAGAAGAGAACAGCAAAACCAUCAUUUUCAUUUUCCUCGAAAAAGAAACUCCAUUGAAGUUGCUUCGCGUAAGUUUGUCUUAGACCAACAUCGGCAAGUUGUUAU